UAACCGGAAGCUACCCUUUGCAAGCAGUGUUUACUUGACACUUGUUUUUCUUCUGCAGAAACGUGUAUGAAAGGCGAGAAAAUCGACUUGUAUGUUUGCUUUUGCUGCCUAAUCAGCAACCCUCAAACUCGCGUUAAUCACCGUAAGGCAACAUUGCGGGGACUUAAAAAAAAAAAAGACAUCAAGGAUUUGGCAGCGAGCUGCGCUUUUGUCCGUCAGCUCAGCGCGACGCGGCAGUAGUCGUCGCCAGCAUCCAUGGACAUGUACGGCCACAGCGGUUCUUUGCUGGCGAGGAGGUUGUCCGAUGCCGGAGACUUGGAGGUGACCAACAUGAGCGACAUCAACGCGGCCAACCCGCACGGAUGCGACAACGGCGCUCUGACUGACCGCUUCGGGGUCCUCAUCCAGGGCCUCCUGGCCAUCGUCGCCUUCAGCACGCUCAUGUUGAAAAGGUUCCGGGAGCCCGCAGGGAUCCGCCGACCGUGGAGGAUCUGGUUUUUUGACACAUCCAAGCAGGCCAUCGGCGCCCUCUUCAUCCACUUUGCUAACGUUUUCCUGUCCACGCUCACCAAAGAGGACCCUUGCUCACUGUACCUGAUGAACUUCCUGCUGGACGCCACCGUGGGCAUGCUGGUCAUCUGGCUGGCCGUCAAGCUGGUGUCCAAAGUGGUGGAGCACAAGCAGUGGACGCUGCUCACGUUCGGCGAGUACGGCGACCCCCCGCAGGCGGCGGCGUGGUUGGGCCAGUGCGGCACGUACCUGCUCAUCAUGGUUCUGGAAAAAGGAGUCAUCAGCCUGGUGCUGCUGGUGCCGGGAUGGUCCAAACUCCAGGCCGUUCUGCUGGGCUACAUCACGAACCCUCAAGUGGAGCUGGUGCUGGUCAUGCUCAUCGUGCCCUUCAUCGUCAACUCGGUCAUGUUCUGGGUGGUGGACAGCCUGACCAUGAGGAAGUCGAAGAGCAUGAAGAGCCCGGACGACUCGUGCCACGUCACGCCCAAGAAGGGCGGCGGCGGCGGCGCCGAGGAGUCACGGGUUCUUCUGACGGCGGAGACGGACGAGAGCGAAGAGGAGGGGGACGACGGCGCCCCGCCUCCCGUGCAGUUCUCGGGGGGGCAGGCCAGGCCCGACUGGGUGGCGGUGUGACGCCGCCGCCCGCACCUGAAGCUGCACACGCAAAGCGCCUCCACACACGCGGAUCAAGUUCAGACAAGGUCGCCACAGCGCAACAAAGACGAUGCACCUGAGGGCGCUGUACUUGAAAAUGGGACAUCAUGAAUCCAUGUUGGCGCUGGGGACUUUUUGGCAAUGAGAGUUGCUUCUCAUCUACCUUUUGAUGGAAGAUGGCAGCAUUUUCACGUGCCGGCUACUUCCAAGGAAGACCACAAGUUGUUGUUGUUUUUUUUCCUUUUAUUUCUCUCGUUUUUGUUUUGAAUUAGAGGCAAGAAAUCAUGUCAUCAUUUGUUUUGGUUAUUGACAGAAACAUUUUAUGUGGUAAAACAUUUUUUUUUUACCGAUCCCAUUUUUGAGUGGCAGAAAGAGGCUUCCAUGAAUGUGUUGAGGAGUUGAAACAUGAAUGUUAGCUUCAUGCUAAUUUUUGCGCAUUAUUAUGAUUGCCACUCAGCAGUUGCUUUGACUUUGGCCAAGCUAACUUUUCUUCCAAAUGAGGAUUCUUCAUUCUAUCGUGUAUUUAUUCGCAUGUGUACGACUUUUUGUUUUAUAGUCCAGUCUUUUUAAACCUUGCAGACUUCAACUUUACUGUUCUCGUUGGACCAAAGGUGUUGUAUUUGCUAUUUGAGCUUUUUUUUAUUUUUUGUUACGUCUGCCAGUGGUCACAAGGUGCUCCUUCCAGAAUGUAAUGUGUGGCCCAAAAUAAAAGUUGACUGACGCAGGAA